AUUCAACUGAAGUUUCCUUCGUUCUCUAACUCCAGUAAGGGACAAACAGUCAUGGGGGACGCUGAGAUGUCGGUGUUCGGGGCUGCAGCUCCUUACCUGCGGAAGUCUGACAGGGAACGCCUGGAAGCUCAGACUCGUCCAUUCGACAUGAAGAAGGAAUGUUUUGUGCCAGAUCCGGAAAAGGAGUUUGUUAAGGCCAGCGUCACAAGCCGAGAAGGGGACAAAGUCACCGUUCAGACUGAAACUGGAAAGACUCUGACGUUUAAGGACAGUCAGAUUCUGCAACAGAAUCCUCCCAAGUUCGAUAAGAUUGAGGACAUGGCCAUGCUGACCUUCCUCCACGAGCCAGCUGUGCUGUUCAACCUGAAGGAGCGCUACGCUGCCUGGAUGAUCUACACGUACUCCGGGCUGUUCUGUGUGACUGUCAACCCCUACAAGUGGUUGCCAGUGUACAAUCAGGAGGUGGUGAUUGCCUACAGGGGCAAGAAGAGGAGUGAAGCUCCUCCUCACAUCUUCUCCAUCUCUGAUAAUGCCUAUCAGUACAUGCUAGCAGAUCGUGAAAACCAGUCAAUCCUGAUCACCGGAGAAUCCGGAGCUGGAAAGACGGUGAACACCAAGAGGGUUAUUCAGUACUUUGCCAGCAUUGCAGCCAGCGGCUCCAAAAAGGAAGCUAUUAAUCAAAACAAGGGAACUCUGGAGGAUCAGAUCAUUCAGGCCAAUCCAGCGCUUGAGGCGUUUGGAAAUGCCAAGACCAUCAGAAAUGAUAACUCAUCCAGAUUUGGUAAAUUCAUUAGAAUCCACUUCGAUACAAGAGGAAAACUGGCAUCGGCCGACAUUGAGACAUAUCUCCUGGAGAAAUCUCGUGUGACCUUUCAGCUUAAAGCUGAGAGAGAUUAUCACAUCUUCUAUCAGAUCUUAUCAAAUAAGAAACCUGAGAUACUUGAGAUGCUGCUGGUGACCCCAAACCCAUACGACUACUCCUUCAUCUCUCAGGGAGAGACAACUGUUCCUUCCAUCGAUGAUGCUGAAGAGCUGAUGGCCACAGAUAGCGCUUUUGAUGUUCUGGGCUUCACACAAGACGAGAAGAACUCUGUGUACAAGCUGACCGGAGCCAUCAUGCACUACGGAAACAUGAAGUUCAAGCAGAAGCAGCGCGAGGAGCAGGCCGAGGCUGACGGGACUGAAGACGCAGACAAAUCUGCAUAUCUGAUGGGCCUGAACUCUGCUGACCUCAUCAAAGGCUUGUGCCAUCCCCGAGUGAAAGUAGGAAACGAAUGGGUGACCAAAGGACAGAAUGUCCAGCAGGUGUACUACGCCGUGGGAGCACUGUCUAAGGCAGUGUAUGAGAAGAUGUUCCUCUGGAUGGUGGUGAGAAUCAACCAAUCUCUGGAGACCAAGCAGCCACGGCAGUACUUCAUUGGUGUGCUGGACAUCGCUGGCUUUGAGAUCUUUGAUUUCAACACCUUUGAGCAGCUCUGCAUUAACUUUACCAACGAGAAACUGCAACAGUUUUUCAACCAUCACAUGUUCGUUCUGGAACAAGAGGAGUACAAGAAGGAAGGCAUUGAGUGGGAGUUCAUCGACUUUGGGAUGGAUCUUCAGGCCUGUAUUGAUCUGAUCGAGAAGCCCAUGGGUAUCAUGUCCAUCCUCGAAGAGGAAUGCAUGUUCCCCAAAGCCACCGACGCCACCUUUAAAGCCAAGCUUUACGAUAAUCACCUGGGCAAAUCCAGCAACUUCCAGAAGCCCCGGAUCGUAAAGGGCAAAGCUGAGGCCCACUUUGCCCUGGUUCACUACGCCGGCACUGUGGACUACAAUAUCAACAACUGGCUGGUGAAGAACAAGGAUCCGCUCAAUGAAACUGUGGUCGGACUCUACCAGAAGUCUUCGCUGAAGCUGCUGUCGAACCUGUUCGCAAACUAUGCCAGUGCAGAUUCAGCUAUGGGUGAUGGCAAAAAGGAGAAGAAGAAGAAAGGUUCAUCCUUCCAGACCGUGUCUGCGCUUCACAGGGAAAAUCUCAACAAGCUGAUGACGAACCUGCGCUCCACCCAUCCUCACUUUGUGCGCUGCAUCAUCCCCAAUGAGACCAAGACUCCUGGUGCGAUGGACAACCCACUGGUCAUGCACCAGCUGCGCUGUAACGGUGUGCUGGAGGGCAUCCGGAUCUGCAGGAAGGGAUUCCCCAACAGGAUCCUGUAUGGAGACUUCAAACAGAGAUAUCGUAUCCUGAAUCCUUCAGCCAUCCCAGAGGGUCAGUUCAUCGACAGCAGGAAGGGAGCAGAGAAGCUGCUGGGCUCUCUGGAUAUCGAUAUCCAGCAGUACAGAUUUGGGCACACAAAGGUGUUUUUCAAAGCAGGUCUGCUGGGUCAGCUGGAGGAAAUGCGAGAUGAGCGCCUGUCGAAAAUCAUCACAGGAAUUCAAGCUCGUUCCCGAGGUCUUCUCUCAAGAAUUGAGUACCAGAAGAUGGUGGAACGCAGGGAUGCCUUGUUAGUGAUCCAGUGGAACGUGCGGGCCUUCAUGAGCGUGAAGAACUGGCCGUGGAUGAAGCUGUUUUUCAAGAUCAAGCCACUGUUGAGAUCAGCUGAGGCAGAGAAGGAAAUGGCCAACAUGAAAGAGGAGUUCCUGAAGCUCAAAGAGGCUUAUGCAAAGUCUGAAGCCCGUAGGAAAGAGCUUGAGGAGAAAAUGGUCUCUCUUCUCCAAGAGAAGAAUGACCUCCAGCUUCAAGUUCAGGCGGAGCAGGACAAUCUCUGUGAUGCCGAGGAACGCUGUGAGGGGCUGAUCAAGAACAAGAUCCAGAUGGAGGCCAAAACUAAAGAGCUGACGGAGAGACUUGAGGACGAGGAGGAGAUCAAUGCCGAGCUGACGGCUAAAAAGAGGAAGCUGGAGGACGAGUGCUCUGAGCUGAAGAAAGACAUCGAUGAUCUUGAGUUGACUUUGGCUAAAGUGGAGAAGGAGAAACACGCUACGGAGAACAAGGUGAAGAACCUGACUGAAGAAAUGGCUGCACUGGACGAAAUCAUAGCCAAGCUGACCAAGGAGAAGAAAGCCCUGCAGGAAGCUCAUCAGCAAGCCUUAGACGACCUGCAGAGUGAGGAGGACAAAGUCAACACCCUCACCAAAGCCAAGGUCAAACUGGAGCAGCAAGUGGACGAUUUGGAGGGAUCUCUGGAGCAGGAGAAGAAGGUUCGCAUGGAUCUUGAAAGAGCAAAGCGAAAGUUGGAGGGGGACCUAAAGCUGACCCAGGAAAGCAUAAUGGACCUGGAAAAUGACAAACAACAGCUUGAGGAACGUCUGAAGAAGAAAGACUUUGAGAUCUCGCAGCUCAACAGUAAAAUCGAGGACGAGCAGGCCAUGAUUGCUCAGCUCCAGAAGAAGCUGAAGGAGCUGCAGGCUCGGGUGGAGGAGCUGGAGGAGGAGCUGGAGGCAGAAAGAGCUGCGAGGGCUAAGGUGGAGAAGCAGAGGGCCGAUCUGGCGCGAGAGCUGGAGGAGAUCAGCGAGAGGCUGGAGGAGGCUGGGGGGGCCACGGCGGCUCAGAUCGAGAUGAACAAGAAGAGAGAGGCCGAGUUUCAAAAGCUGCGGCGGGAUCUGGAGGAGGCCACUCUGCAUCACGAGGCCACGGCCGCCGCCCUGAGGAAGAAGCAGGCGGACAGCGUGGCCGAGCUCGGAGAGCAGAUCGACAACCUGCAGAGGGUCAAACAGAAGCUGGAGAAGGAGAAGAGCGAGCUGAAGCUGGAGCUGGAUGAUGUGGUCUCCAGCAUGGAGCACAUUGUCAAAUCCAAGACUAACCUGGAGAAGAUGAGCAGGACUCUGGAGGACCAGAUGAAUGAAUACCGAAACAAAUGUGAAGAAAACCAACGAUCCCUGAAUGAUUUCUCCACCCAGAAAGCGAAGCUUCAGGCGGAGAAUGAUGAACUUUCGAGACAGUUAGAGGAAAAAGAAUCCCUGAUCUUCCAGCUCACACGAGGAAAACAGUCAUACAGCCAGCAGCUGGAGGACCUGAAACGGCAGCUGGAGGAGGAAGUGAAGGCGAAGAACGCUCUGGCUCAUGCCGUGCAGUCUGUUCGCCAUGACUCCGACCUGCUGCGGGAGCAGUACGAGGAGGAGCAGGAGGCUAAAGCUGAGCUGCAGCGUAGCCUCUCUAAAGCUAAUGCUGAAGUGGCUCAGUGGAGGACCAAGUACGAAACUGAUGCCAUCCAGAGAACGGAGGAGCUAGAAGAAGCCAAGAAGAAACUGGCUCAGCGUCUGCAGGAUGCAGAAGAGGCUGUGGAAGCAGUCAACGCUAAAUGUUCCUCUCUGGAGAAAACCAAACACAGGCUUCAGAACGAGAUUGAAGACCUGAUGGUGGACAUGGAGAGAUCUAACGCAGCCGCUGCAGCUCUGGACAAAAAACAAAGAAACUUUGAUAAGGUUUUGUCCGAGUGGAAGCAGAAAUAUGAGGAAUCUCAGUGUGAAUUAGAGAGCUCUCAGAAGGAAGCCAGAUCUCUGAGCACUGAACUCUUCAAGCUGAAGAACUCCUAUGAGGAAUCUCUGGAUCAUUUGGAGACACUGAAGAGGGAGAACAAGAUCCUCCAAGAGGAGAUAACGGACUUAACCGAGCAGCUGGGGGAAAGUGGGAAGACAGUUCACGAGCUUGAGAAGGUCAGAAAACAGCUGGAGCAAGAAAAGGCUGAAAUCCAAGCUGCCCUGGAGGAGGCAGAGGGAUCUUUAGAGCAUGAGGAGGGUAAAAUUCUCCGAGCGCAGCUGGAAUUCAACCAGAUAAAGGCGGAUAUUGAACGCAAGCUGACUGAGAAGGACGAGGAGAUGGAGCAGUCUAAGAGAAAUCUGUUGAGGACCAUCGACACCCUGCAGAGCUCUCUGGAGUCUGAGACUCGCAGCAGGAACGAGGCUCUGAGGGUAAAGAAGAAGAUGGAGGGAGAUCUGAAUGAGAUGGAGAUCCAGCUGAGUCAGGCUAACAGGCAGGCGGCCGAGGCCCAGAAGCAGCUCAAGAGUCUCCAUGCUAACCUGAAGGACUGCCAGCUUCAGCUGGAUGACUCUCAGCGAGCCAACGAUGAUCUGAAGGAGAACACCGCCAUCGUAGAGAGACGUAACGUCCUCCUGCAGGCGGAGUUGGAGGAGCUCAGAAAUGUUCUGGAGCAGACGGAGAGAGGACGCAAACUCGCAGAACAAGAACUGCUGGAUGUCAGCGAGAGAGUGCAGCUCCUGCAUUCCCAGAACACCAGCCUUCUGAACCAGAAGAAGAAACUGGAAGCAGACACCUGUCAGCUCCAGACUGAGGUGGAGGACGCCAUCCAGGAGUGCAGGAAUGCUGAGGAGAAAGCCAAAAAGGCCAUCACCGACGCAGCCAUGAUGGCUGAGGAGCUGAAGAAGGAGCAGGACACCAGUGCCCACCUGGAGCGCAUGAAGAAGAACAUGGAGCAAACCAUCAAAGACUUGCAGCACCGUCUGGACGAGGCGGAGCAGAUCGCCAUGAAGGGGGGCAAGAAACAAGUGCAGAAGCUGGAGGCCAGGGUGAGAGAGCUGGAGAGUGAAAUUGAAGCAGAGCAGAAGAGAAGCAGCGAAUCUGUGAAGGGAAUUCGUAAAUAUGAGCGUCGCAUUAAAGAGCUCACCUACCAGACUGAAGAGGACCGCAAGAACAUUGCCCGUCUCCAGGACCUGGUGGAUAAACUCCAGCUGAAGGUUAAAGCCUACAAGAGAGCUGCUGAAGAUGCUGAGGAGCAAGCCAGCGUUCAUCUGGGAAAAUUCCGGAAACUGCAGCACGAGCUGGAUGAAGCUUCGGAGAGGGCCGACAUCGCUGAGUCGCAGGUCAACAAAAUGCGAGCAAAGAGUCGUGAACCAGGCACCAAGAAAGGAUUUGAUGAAGAGUGAAGCUGAGGAUGUUCUCUCAGACCUGCAGUUUUUUGUCCGUAACUGUCUAAAUAAAGUCACUUCUGCAAAUUAA